UUAAGGUUUCACAGUACCUGGACCCGCUCUUGAGUUCCUGGUUCCUAAAUAAGUAUUCCCUCACCGCUCAGCAUCCACUUGACACCCCAUCAACUCUCAGCGCGAUUGACUGGCCGAUCUAUGAGACGUCCCUCGAGGUUUUCCGUUACGAUUUGCGAUGGACGAAUCGUUCAUACUUUCCGAGUUCGACCGACUUCAACAGUCUGGUCUCGUUCUGUAUGACGACAAACAAAGGAGAAUCGAGUAUGUUGAGGGCGGGCUCAAAUUUCAAUUCUGUCUGACUUCUGCCCUGGCCAAGAAACCGACCCUACAAACACCGGAUUCUGGCACUGAUAAGCGGCGAGAUGGAAGCGAUAUCAGCACCGUGGGUUUUGAAAUCAGCGAAAUCGGCAACUCCCACCUUCUCAUAGCCAACAAAUUCUGCUGGGCCAAGCCACAUUUCCUCAUUCUCACCUCUGACGGAUACCAAAGGCAAUACGAGUCAUUGAACGAGGGGGAUCUCCAGGGAAUUUGGUCCUUUCUAUCCACCAUGAGCACAGACUACGUUGCCUUUUAUAACUGUGGCCAAGACGGAGGGUGCAGUCGGUUGCAUAAGCAUAUGCAAUUAAUACCCACGCCAGAAGGCACCUUUGCAUCCUUCCUUGACUCCGAUGGAAAGGAGCCCGAGCCCCCAUUCCCAUUUCAAUGGUUCCAUCAUCGAUUCGAAUCUGAAGAUAUAACGUCACAACAGCUAACGGGGAUCUACAAGAAGCUCAUCAAACAAGCUACCGAGAUAGGCGGAGGUCUGUCUGAACACGCCCAUAAUGCUCCACUGGGUGCUGCUUGUCCGCACAACUUAAUCAUGACAAAACGGUGGAUGAUUGUCGUACCGAGGCUGCGGGCUGCUAUAACUCAAGGUGUGGCUGCAAAUGCAAUGGGGAUGUUGGGGUAUAUUGCGGUUGCUACGGAGGACGAGGUGGAGAAAUGGAUACGUACGGGACCGACGUACGCCCUUAGAGAGCUUGGGGUAUCCAGAUGAGCGCUCAUUGUGUAUGAACCCUUCACUGGCCGGAUAUUGUAUUACCUACGUACCGGAUUUCCUGUGCCAGGCCCUGGCUUUCCCUUUCCGUUUUGGUACUCUGUCCCUCACCGCUUUUGCUCACUGAGUAGAUCUAAUUACA